AUGGCCCAGAGUGUUGCUGAUGUUCUAUGUCAAUGCUACAAGCUUGCCACUGAGAGUGCUCCUGUAAACCUGCAACACACAACCAAGGAGUCUGAACUCAUUGCUUUACAAGCUGCAACACUCACCAACUGUUGGGCCUGCAGUGAGCUUGGUCAUGCAGCCAAUUGUUGCCCAAAUGAUGCUGCCCAUACUCAAUGGAAAGAGGGCAAAGUCAAGGUGCCCCCCAAGAGCCACACCAACACAUGUAUUGUGCUGCCACUCAAGAACACUCAAGAGGAAUAG